GCGAGAAUAAUAAAAGAGCACCCUAAUCCCGAUCCGUCCUUUUCUUCUGUUUUCCCUUUGCGCUUAUUAGUUUUCAUUUUUGUCAUCGCCAAAUCAAAGUUCUUUGAGACCAAGUUACAGUCUUCUACUAACAAAAGGAAAUAAAAAAUGGCGCCAAAGAAUAAGAAGAGAGCUAGGGUUUCCAACGACGAAGAAGAAAUCGAAUAUGAACACCCACACUCCCCUCAGAACAACAACGAAAACACCCUCUAUCAGGUACUUAGUGUAGAGAGAACAGCAUCACAACAGGAAAUAAAGAAGGCUUAUUACAAGUUAGCAUUGAGGCUGCAUCCUGACAAGAACCCUGGUGAUGAGGAAGCUAAAGCAAAAUUUCAGCAACUGCAAAAUAUUAUCUCGAUUCUUGGGGAUGAAGAGAAACGAGCCAUUUAUGAUCAGACUGGUUGUGUUGAUGAUGCUGACCUUGCCGGGGAUGUUGUCCAGAAUCUUCACAACUACUUUAGAACAAUGUACAAGAAGGUCACUGAAGCUGAUAUUGAGGAGUUUGAAGCAAACUAUAGGGGAUCUGACUCAGAGAAAAAUGAUUUGAUUGAUUUGUACAAGAAGUGCAAGGGUCAUAUGAACAGGCUAUUCUGUUCAAUGCUUUGUUCUGAUCCCAAAUUUGAUUCUCACCGAUUCAAGGAUAUUCUUGAUGAGGCCAUAGCAGCUGGAGAACUUAAAGAAACAAAAGCUUAUAAGAAAUGGGCAAAAAGAAUAUCAGAAAUCAAGCCACCAACUAGUCCGUUAAGGAGGAGGGUCAAACCAAGUAAGAAACCAGAAACAGAUCUUUAUGCCAUCAUCUCACAACGUCGAAAUGAGAGAAGAGACAAGUUUGAAUCUAUGUUUUCAUCUCUAGUUUCAAAAUAUGGUGGAAGUAAUGUGCCGGAACCCUCUGAAGAGGAAUUUGAAGCUGCGCAAAGGAAGAUGGAAAGCCGACGUUCCGCAAAGAAAUCAAAGCGGAAAUAACCAACUUAAUGUUUGUAUAGUUUCUUGACUUUCUUCUGAGUAUGAACGUUAAAUUAGGUAAUGCAAGUGGAGAUUGUUAUUUUUUUUUUCCACUGAAGUACCUGAUAGUUUACUUGCAUGUUAAUGUAUCUGCUAAAGAGUGAAGGUUAGCUCCUUUUAAUUUCAAUUUUAAAUUAGAACUGA